CAAGCUGAAGAACCAGCCAUGGAGCAGCCAGGUGUAGAGCAAGGUAGCUGGGUGUGGUCCAGAUUGCUGAGUGAGACAGAUCUCAGCUCAUUCUCUUGGCUCGCUGGCAGAGCAAGUGCCCACUAUAGGAUCAUGGUCAGGAUGGCAGCACGGGCCGAGCUGGGCCGCAUUCGCCAGGGACAGAGGGCAAGCCUAUUGAGAAGCAGUGUGACGGACACAAUGGGUGCGACAGACUUGCUGCAUCAACAGGCUUUUUGCUGCUGUGGCCAGAAAUAAACCAUAAAUACCCCCCUGGCCUCCACCGACUGCUCGCCAGGCCUCCACACCCACUCACGCACCCUCACACUAAGACAGACUGACAAGAAAGAAAAAGAACAACGCAAGACAGGGAUAUUGGCUUGUACCAGGUGCACUGACGGAAGCCAUCCAGCACCAAACUAAGGAAAAUGACAGAUCAACAAGGAAGCCCAGACCAGUUACCUGCAGAGAAGGGCCAGGGAGGAGCUGGAGCCUCAUAUAAGUUGACCAUUUUCGAGUUGGAGAACUUCCGUGGAAAGAAAGUGGAAUUGUCUGGCGAAUGUAAAGAUGUGCUGGAGAAGACACAGAAAGUUGGCUCCAUCAUUGUGGAAUCUGGACCAUGGAUUGGUUUUGAACAUCCACGUUUUGCAGGCGAGAAGUUUGUAUUGGAGAAGGGGGAGUAUCCCCGCUGGAGCACCUGGACCAACUGCCAGAGUCACUACUGUCUGAGCUCUUUCAGGCCCCUAAAAGUGGACAGUGCAGAUCACAAGCUGCACCUGUUUGAGAACGCAGGUUUUGAAGGCAGGAAAAUGGAGAUUGUUGACGAUGAUGUUCCCAGUCUGUGGGCUUAUGGUUUCCAGGAUCGAGUUGCCAGUGCUAAGGCCAUCAACGGCACGUGGGUGGGUUACAUGUACCCGGGCUACAGAGGACGCCAGUAUGUGUUUGAGCAUGGAGACUUUAAGCACUGGAAUGACUGGGGAGCCACUGCGCCUCAGAUCCAGUCUGUCCGACGUGUGAGGGACAUGCAGUGGCACAAGAGGGGGUGCUUCAUUGCCACCACUCCAAAUCCGAAUCCCAACCCGAAACCUAAACCCACUCCCAACCCCAAUCCUGUUCCUAACCCUACUCCAAAUCCCAAACCGUCUCCAAAUACCAAAUCACAAACCCAGCCUUAAGCCUAAAACCACAACUCCAGCACCUCCUUACACCUCCUGGGACAAGCCGAAGCCACUGUGAUAUGACAUUGACUCAUUACUGGCAUUUGUAAGGAUGAAAUAAGCAUUUGUGAUUACAAAUAAUAAUAAAAAAAUCCCCGACUGUU